CAUUGACGUCGACAAUGGACGCACUCCGUACGAGCGGGUGAGCGAAAUAGGGAAGCGCCAGCUUGAGUUUGAGUGGAAAAUCAAACGAACCAAGAGAACACGAUCCGAAGCUGACAAUACCCCAUCAGCUACCUUUCGGUGCGCAAAGAACGCAGUGGCAGAAGCGAAAAAGAAAAGUCACCUAACGCGGAAAAAAGGUGCAGUGCAGUUGCAGUUUUGCUGCACUCCCGCCGUCAACCCGCACGCUUGCGUCCUCCCGUCCCGGGGGGAAAAAAAGGGCCGUGGGAACACGAAAAUCUUCCGUCCAGUCGACACGGGAGCCACAGCAGCAGCAGCGGAACAAGUGUCCCUUCACAAACACAUACACACAAGCGCGCGGACGAGCGAGCGCACACAAUCUGUCUCUCACACACACACAUAGAGCUCUCUUGGUGUCACCGUCGCCUGCUCGUGUGACACGCGUUUGUUUGCUUUUGUUUGUGGCCGUGGCCGUGCGAAGGAUUUUGGCGACACAAAUCUUAACCUGCUCAACCUCCCCCAGCACACACACAAACACACAACCAGCCAGCACACACUAAGCGUUCCGGGAUGGCCGAUCAGACGGAGCUGCGGAUGAAUCUGGUGGCGAUCAAGCGGGUCGACCCGUACGCAAAGGACAUCGUCAACUCGUCCGCCCACGUCGCCCUGUACGUGUUCAACAAUGCGGAGAACGAGUGGGAAAAGACGGACAUCGAGGGGGCGCUGUUCAUCUACAGCCGCUUCGCCGAACCGUACCACAGCAUCUUCAUCAACAAUCGGCUCAACACGAACUCGCUGGUCGAGCCGAUCCGCGGCCAGAUCGAACUGCAGUCGAAACCACCGUUUCUGCUGUACCGGAACGAGCGGUCCCGCAUACGGGGCUUCUGGUUCUACAACAACACGGAGUGCGAUCGCAUCGGCGAGGUCAUCCAGAAGCUGGUGACGGAGUGUGGCGAUGGUGAUGGUGGUGGUGGCGGUGGUGAAUCAAGGCCACCGAUGAAUGGAGCAGACACGUCGGUGCCAGCUGGGAUCUAUCCUGGUGGUGGUGGCGGCGUAACGAACGGCAGCGGCGGUGAAGGCGAAAGCACCAAUGUGGACAUAUUCACGAUGCUCACGAAGGCGCAGGAAGAUUUCCAGAACAAUGCAACCGUACCGCCGAACGGUGGGGCGGUGCUGAACCAUCACGCAGGGGUCAUGAUGGGCGCCCAUCCUGGUCAGGGCAUUGCGAUUCCCCAGCAGCAGCACCAGCAGCAACAACAACAUCCCCAACAGCAGCAGCAGCAGCAGCCAAUCACGAACCAGAACGCGCCGCGCAGUGUGGUGAACUUUUUCGCCGCAGCGAAACAGCCGGCCGCCUCGGAGGUGCCUCUGUUCAAGACGCUCGCCCCGGUCCAUACGCUCGAGCAGAUCGAAAAGCAGCACCGGGCCACCACACCGCAGAAAGAGACAACGACGGCGGCGGCGGCGUCGGUUACGGCUACCGGCAAGGUAACGCCGGACGUGAGCGAGCUCGAGAGCAGCUUUAAGCGGAUGGGCAUUCCAAUCGUCGGCGGUGGAAGCAACAACAACGGACCGCAGACACCGUCGGGCGGCAUGCCGGAACUCGGCACAUCGCCGCUGGCAACCUUCAUCAAUGCGGCCAACCUGUCCGCAGCGAUGCGUGGCUCCAACCAUCAUCAUCAGCCGGUCGUACCGAAGACGAAGCUGAUCGAAAUCAGUGAGCUGGAAUCGCGUCAAAAUGCGCAACAGCAGCAGCAGCAGCCCCAGCAGACGCCACUCCACGAGCUGCUGAAGAAGUCGGACCCGAUCGGGGGGACGGGGGGCAGCGGGGCCACGGUCGUAAAACCGGCCCUGAUGCCACCGACCAUGUUUAAGCCGACCGCGACGGCAGCAACGCCAGCGACGGAAGCGUUGAGCAGCCUGUUGCUCGGCCCACCGAGCACACCGAGCAGUACGAACUCUCCGGCCGGUGCCGGCAAGCAGCAGCAGCAGCAGGGCAACGGUACACCGGGCGGUCAGACGAAAGCAGCGGCGGGCAGUACUACGCUCUCGUCCACCGGGAAGCAGCACCGGUCGUCAGCGGGCGGUAAGCAGCAGGCUAGCGGAACCACUCCACCGAAGGGAGCAUUCACGACGGUCACAUCGAACAGCAAGGCGUUGCUCGACUUCAUGUCCGAAGCGAACAGCAACCUGAAGAACAACAACAACAGCAGCGGCGGCGGCAAUGCUGCAACGGGCACGGCGGCGGGCGGUGUGGAACCGCUCACCCAGAACCAGCUCAUCCAGGCGGUCUCCUACCUGAUCAAGCACGAUCCGGACUUUGUGCGGAAGCUGCACGAAGCGUACGUGAAAUCGUUCACCGAAAUGAUAUCCAACUAGAAGAAGAACCCUCGCGGCCAGGGUGAAUGACGAUGAUGAUGGGUGCGUGUAGGAACAAGCUUUCGAGAUUCGGCCCGAGUACCCCUGUUUGCCUCCUCCGCUCUCCCGCGUACUGCGUGUGUGUGUGUCUUUCCGCUGCUUAUAGGCUCGCGCGUGUGUGUGUGCACGGGAGGAACAAGAAUGCUGUUAAUAUUAUCUGAUUCGUUCCAGCACAACGAAAUCGGGUGUGUUCGAAUGUAUGCUCGAACUCCUGCGUUGCCCUUUGGGAGACUGCUAUAUAGUUAUUACAUUGUUAAGGGUCCCCCGCAAAACGAAGCAAAACCGGAUUACAAAAACAAGAGAAGGGAAAAGGAAAAAAGCGAGGACGAAGAACAGGAGGAUGGAUACAGAAGCAAGAAAGAAACAUAGCCAGAGAGAGAGAUUAAGAGAGAUAGUGUGAAAGAGACGAAAUAAGUUAAAAUUAUAUUACAUUAUCAACUAUCUCCUGCCACAGCCCCCACAUACUUCCCCUGUACUAAUAACCUUUAGCGCAUUUUUUUAAAAUUAUAAUGCCUUAUUUUCUUUUGUUUUCCUCUCAUGAAAGGGAAUGCGUUCCAAAGUGCGUGUUUUAGAUGUGUAUAAGGUUGUGUUUUGCUGUUGUGUGGGAAAUGCGCGAAAAGCUUGCAAAGUGCGCCAUGUUGCGUCUUCGGACGUUUAAUCUAAUCUAUCGCCUAUUUCGCACUGUAUCACAUUGUACAGCUAAUGUUUUUGCUAUCAUUUUAGUCCGUCGACUGUGUUUUAUGUUAGUAAUAGAGAGAGAGAAAGAGAGCCGACGAAUGUAGUGGCAGGCCUGGAUUGGAAAAUUGAAUGAAGUUGGAAAGAAAUGGCUAUUACGAGAUUACUGUACGUCUAUAGGAGUCUAUAGUAAGCAAAUUAGUGGUUAGAGUAGUUUAAAUUAGUGUUCUUAUUUUUUUCUUCUUUUUGUUUUAGUUCAGUCGAUUUUCGAAGGUUUCGUUUUAGGAGAGAACUUACACACUCAGUAUGAUUUGCUUUACCGAUUCGGGGUUUCUUGACACACUUGUCUCUCUUACGCUCUCUGUUUCUCUGGCACAAUCUGAUCACGCUGCUUUCUGUAUCCAUUUUCUCUGGCAGUGCAUAAGCAUAAGAGCAGCAUGCAAAAUCAUCAUCAUAAUUGAAAGACAUAGGCCAAGAAGCAUUUUGUUCAAACAAACACGCGCGCCACGUUCGCGUUAGAGAAAGUUGGGAAAUACACGUGGGUGCAUGUAAAGAAUUUCGAUUUGAACGUGUUUUACAUUCGCGCUGCAAAUGUCUCGCUUGUGCAAGUCGAUAAAAAAAUCCCCCGUAUACCAGAAUAGAGAGACGUGCAAAAAUUCCUGUCCCUACAUCACCCCUACCCCCCGUCGUUUUGAGGUUUAGCAUAUGUACGGUAGACAAGAGAAGAGGGUAGGAUGAUCCCUCCCCCCAUUGUAACGCGUUAUACGUUAAACCCACAGACCCCCUCACUCACACAGUGUUGAUGAACCAGUAGAUAAUGCUGUACUUUUCGAUGUGUAAUAAUAAUAUUAAUAACAUGUAAUAAGGCUUUGAAAAACACAAAAACGACCCAAAAUUAAUCUUUACAAAGCAGAACAAAUAUAGCAGGCCCCGUAAGUAGCGGAGCCGCCCCCACA